CCGGGCUGUCGAGUCUUUUUCAAUCAGUGCGGUGUCGUGUCCGCGCUGUAUUUAACCGGCAGGUAUGGUCAUGAUAUGAAAAUUAGAGGUCUGUGGUGAGGCAACGCCAGCAAGGAACACAGAGCGAAAACAAGGUUUCUCCGAAGAAGUGGGAAGCUGUCAAUGCUGGACUCCCUGAUCUCCCAGUUUUAGGAUCUGUGAGGCUGGAAGAGACAACACCCAGCCGUCCACAACGCCACCUGCCUCAACAUGAUGGCAUCCAGUGAUGUAGACAUCCAAGGUGAAGGUUCUUUGUUGUCUGACCAAAAUCCAUCAGAAAUGGAUGCUCUGUGUCCCUCUCCUCCAGGGCCGUCCAGACCCCAACGGAACUAUGAGAGAAUUGGAGGGCAAACAGGAACCACGUUUUUUCAGACUCUUAUCCACCUUUUGAAGGGAAACAUUGGUACAGGGCUGCUGGGUCUGCCUCUGGCUGUCAAGAAUGCAGGGCUGGUGCUGGGGCCGAUCAGUCUGCUGGUGAUGGGUGUCAUAGCAGUCCACUGUAUGAGGCUGCUGGUGAAAUGUUCCCACCAUCUCAGUGCAAAGAUGAACAGGCCGUCUCUGACCUAUGGCGAGGCAGCGCAGUACGGGAUGGAGAACGUCCUGUGGCUGAGGAGACACUCCCACUGGGGAAGACGGACGGUGAACUUGUUCCUCAUCAUCACCCAGCUGGGCUUCUGCUGCGUCUACUUUGUCUUCCUUAGUGACAAUGUCAAGCAGGUGGUAGAAGCAGCCAACGCCACCACCUUCAGCUGCCACAUGAACUACACCAACCAGACUCAGAUCCUGGUGCCGAGCUUCGACUCCCGUCUCUACAUGCUCUGCUUCCUGCCUGCCAUGAUCCUUCUGGUUUUCACCCCCAACCUGAAGUACCUGGCUCCCCUCUCUCUGGUGGCAAAUCUGGUCAUGACCAUCAGCUUGGUCCUUAUCUACUUCUACUCACUCACGCACAUCACAUCCCCCAUCAACCUCCCAGCAGUGGGCAGAGCUAAAGACUACCCUCUCUUCUUUGGAACAGCCAUCUUUGCGUUCGAGGGGAUCGGAGUGGUGCUUCCUCUGGAAAACAAGAUGCAGAGGCCCCAGAGUUUCCCCCUGGUUCUGUAUUUAGGGAUGGGCAUCGUCACCUUCCUCUACACCAGCCUCGGUACCAUAGGAUAUCUGUGCUUUGGAGAGCACAUAGAAGGGAGCAUCACUCUCAACCUGCCAAACUGCUGGACUUAUCAAGCUGUGAAGCUGCUGUACUGCUUCGGUAUUUUCAUCACUUUCGCCCUGCAGUUCUACGUUCCAGCAGAGAUCAUCAUACCGCCGGUAGUGGCUCGCGUGUCAGCGAGGUGGGAGACGGCCGUCGACCUGCUGCUUCGCACCGUCUUGGUCAUCUUCACAUGUGCUCUCGCCAUCCUGAUACCAGAGCUGGACCUUGUCAUCUCAUUGGUUGGCUCAGUCAGCAGCAGUUUCCUGGCACUGAUCUUCCCUCCCAUCCUCCAGAUCCUGAUAUUUCACACCGAGGGCCUGUCUCCACUGGUGACCAUCAAGAACAUCGUCAUCAGCCUGGUGGGGCUGAUCGGCUUCCUCACAGGAACCUACAUUGCCAUCGUGGAAAUCGUCGCCCGUAACAGGCUCGAUCAUGGCGAAGCGCUCUCCUCCUACAUGGUCCAGUGAUGGUGGACAUAUCCCACCCUGGAUGUAGAGAAACCACUUUAGGGCACAUUCUAAGUAUUUCUUUGAUUUGCUGCUGUCAUACACGGCAGUUACUUUGGGGUUAAUGUUGA